AUGUCAGGCGUUGGGGAAAUUUUGAAAGCAGUUGGUGAUUUUGGGCGAUUGCAGAAAUGCCUGGUGCUGCUCUCUGUGAUCCCCUGCCUCAGUGUGGCUUUCCACCAGUUUUGCCAGCUUUUCAUGGUCCCAUCUGUACCUUACCACUGUGACACCAGCUGGAUCCGUGCUGUUGGCCCCAACCUGACGGAGGAAGAGCAGCUGAACCUCACCCUGCCCCGGGGCGCGGACGGGCAGUUCGAGCAGUGCUCCAUGUACUCCCCGGUGGACUGGGACCUCGAUUCCAUCCUGGCCUAUGGGCUGAAUGACACACAGAAGUGCAGCAAUGGCUGGGUGUACCCCUCAGCACAGCCACCAUCCCUGCUGACUGAGUUUGACCUGGUGUGUGAUAAGAAGGACCUGAAUGACAUUGCCCAGGCCAUCUACAUGGCAGGGCUGCUCCUGGGAUCCAUGGUCUUUGGGCCUCUGAGUGACAGGAUUGGCCGCCGCCCAGUGAUUCUGAUCUCUGUCUUACUCCAGGGCUUGUUUGGGCUGGGAAUUGCCUUUGUGCCCCAUUUUUAUGUGUACAUGGCCUUCAGGUGUGUCGUGGGGGCCUCCGUGUCAGGGAUCACCAUGACAGUGCUGGCCUUAGCUACAGAAUGGAUCGGUGUCUCCUCCCGGCCAAAGGCAGUGCUCACUUCCCACUGUUGUUUUGCCAUUGGGCAGAUGAUUUUGGCUGGCUUGAGUUACGGGAUUCGCAACUGGAGGCUGCUGGAGAUUGCAGGAUCUGUUCCUAUAUUUACCUUUUUCUUCUUCAUCAGGGUGCUCCCAGAGUCAGCUCGCUGGCUGGUGACCAAAGGCAGAAUCGAAGAAGCCAAGAAGCUCCUGCAGAAGGCGGCGGCCACCAACAAGCGCAGCCUCCCGCCAGAGCUGCUGGAGCAGUUGAAGCCUGAAAAAGAGGUCAAGUCUGGAAGUUUGCUGGAUCUCUUUCGGAAGAGGCACCUGCAGAAGGUGACUUUAAUCAUGUCAUGUGCCUGGUUUGUGAACAGCUUUGUCUACUACGGGCUGAGUUUGAACGUGACCAAUUUUGGCCUGGACAUCUACCUGACUCAGCUGGCCUUUGGAGCAGUGGAAAUCCCAGCACGAAUUGGUUGUAUCUUCACCCUGCAGAGGUUUGGGAGGAGGAAAACACAGACUGUUCUCCUGGUGCUGAGUGGCCUUGUGUGUCUGGUCAUCACUGGCAUCCCUGAAGACCAGCCCCUGGCAACCACCGUCCUGGCCACCAUCGGCAAGUUCGCUGCCUCGGCCUCCUUCUCCACCUCCUACGUCUACGCUGCCGAGCUCUUCCCCACGGUUGUCAGGCAGACGGGCGUGGGGCUGUGCUCCAUGGCGGCGCGUGUGGCCGGGAUCCUGGCUCCGCUGGUCCGCCUGCUGGGCCAGUACCACCGUGCCAUCCCCAUGGCCAUCUUCGGCAGCGCCCCCGUGCUGGGGGGGCUGCUCUGUGUGCUGCUCCCCGAGACCCGCGGCACCGAGCUGGCCGAUGACACAGGGGACAGCCACCCUCCAGCUGAGGAAAAAAAAAGUCAACACCAUUUAUUAUUCACAUAUUGCAUUACAAGUGUCUCUUAUCAAACUCAGAGCAUAAUUUAUAUUAUUCAUGUAGAAACUCAACUUCAACACCACAUGGAAAGAAAAGCUAAAUACGUGUGUGACAGGGGUGCAGUGACAUCCUGAUCAAACGUCGAGGCUUGGGCUGGCGCGCAGCCCCACGACCCAAGGGAUUGAGUGCAGGAGGGACAAACCCAGUGCCCGCUUUUGCCCAGUACAGCCACUCUACUGGUGAUUCUUUAUUGCUGUAAAACACAACAGGGAUGGUUCCACAGGUACCAGCUUGCAAAGGACUGGGGAACACGGUGGGAGGCCAGCCAGGUAUGAGCAAACUGGGUUUCAGGGACACUUGGAAGUGCAUCUGUUCCAAAGGCAGAGGGACACACAUCUGCUGUCCCUGUGACCAUGGAUAUUGUGUUCAUCAUCUGAAAGACCAGUUUGCAGGCAGCCAUACCUUCCUGGUCUGC